AUAGCAGUCCUAUUGCCUACCUAGGUCAUGACAGCAAACUCCGGACUUUGCAACCCCGACGCCGAUGCAUGCCGCGUGGAUGGACUCUGGAUCGGCCGGAUCGCGUGGAGCGGCUUCCAGGCGGGCCACGUAUCUUAGUCACUGGCGGCUCGGCUCCAGGCGUGUCCUGCCCGGCUGCCCCUGCGUCACGGCCGCUUGCCACCACACGCUGCUGGAGAAGACCUGCACGCUGCCGCUGACGCCUCCUUCCUCGUCUGCCCGCAUGGCCUCUUCCUCCUUCGACGUUGAUUGGAGGAGCUCAUCAUCCUCCAAUCUCAGGAACAAGCACUCAGAAAUUCAGAUGCUCGCCAUUGGAAGCAAGUAUUCAGAAAUUCAGAUGCUCAUAACUGGGAAGCAGGCAACCACAUGGAAAGGGAGGAGGAAGAGGCGGCGGCAGGACGCGACGACGUGGAGACACAGGCGGCGCCGGCAUAUGGAGCGGCAGCCGAGCUUAGAGCUGGCGCCGGGCGAAAUAGCGCCUGGGAGCCGAGCCGCCGCGCCUGCAGGAACGAUGUCCGCACUCCUCCUCCUCAUCACGAGUCCUCGUCGCAAUCCGCCCGAUGGCCGCGGGAUCCACGCGUCGCGUCGCGAGAGCAGGUAUGCCCAUGAUCCAGUUUGCCUACCGGUGGCAUUUAAGGAAUGA